GCGGCGGUGAUGAUGAUUCAAGUCAGAUUUCUCACAGGAACAGACACUUCACUGGAAGCAGAGGCACAUCGCAGUUGGCCAGUGCAAAGAAAUCUUCUAACUUUUUUAUUAUUAUUAAGUAGCCGCGGAUUGAGUCGAAACAUUAACAGCGGAUAUUUAAUUUCGUUUUUAUUUCAUUUUUCUGGAGGAGAUACAACAUGUCCCGGGUGGCCAACCUGUCCAAACUACGGCAGGAGAGGAUGAGGGAGAUCAACCUGAGGGGGCCUGCUCACACAGGCCUGCACCCAUCAUGCCUAUCUAGUCAUACUGCACCGAGUAAUGAUACCCGGGGUCCGUGGGUGUCGAGAAUAAAGAGCGUGAGCGCAUGAGGGAGCGAGAGAAGGCGGCUCGGGAGAGGGAGGCCCGCUACAACAACGGCCACCUGUUCACCUCCCUCACAGUGUCGGGAACCACACUUUGCUCAGCCUGCAAUAAAAGCAUCACGGCCAAGGAGGCCCUCUGCUGUCCCACAUGCAAUGUGACCAUCCAUAACCGCUGCAGAGACGCUUUGCCCAACUGCUCCAAAGUCAAACAGCGGCAGCAGAAGACAGCCCUCAUGCGUAAUAACGCCUCUUUGCAGAAUGUCGCGCUGCGCACCAGAAAUCCAGUAAUGCGCGAGCGUCCCACGUCGGCCAUCUACCCUUCCGAAAGCCUCCGGCAUUCCCUUCUCGGAUCUCGUCGAGGACGUUCUGGCCUCGCACUAUCCAAAAGUGUCUCCACGAACAACAUUGCGGGGAACCUGAACGACGACUCCCCUCUAGGCCUGCGCCGUAUCCUGUCCCAGUCCACGGACUCCCUCAGCUUCAGGAACAGGGCCAUGUCGGUGGAGUCCCUCAACGACGACGGGGACUACUACACUUCCGUCCUGGAGGAGAUGGAGCUGGAGGGCGAGGACUUCAAGGCGGACUCGUGGAGCAUGGCCGUAGACAUGGAUUACCUCCACGCGCAUAGCAAAAAUGUCAUCAAGAGGCAGGACGUCAUUUACGAGUUGAUCCAGACCGAGGUGCACCAUAUGCGCACGCUGCGCAUCAUGGAACGGGUCUUCCGGCAGGGCCUGCUGGAGGAGCUACAGCUGGACCCGAGCACCUUGCACGCCUUGUUCCCCUGUCUGGAUCAGCUGAUCAGCAUCCACUCGCACUUCCUGGUGCAGCUGCUGCUGCGCCGCAACGCCAGCCUGCAGCCUGAGUCCGACUGCAACUUCACCAUACACCGCCUGGGCGACAUACUUUUGGAGCAGUUUUCCGGCCAGAGUGCAGAUGACAUGCAGAAAACGUACGCAGAGUUCUGCAGUCGCCACAUGAAGGCAGUCAAGUUAUACAAGUCCCUGCUGGCCAGAGACAAGAGGUUUCAGUGCUUCAUUCGGCGUGUGAGUAGAGGACCCUGGCUGCGUUGCCAUGGCAUCCAGGAAUGCAUCUUGUUGGUGACACAGCGCAUAUCCAAGUAUCCUGUCCUCAUUCAACGUAUUCUGGACAACACCGUUGAUGAUGAUGAGGAAGCAUCCUCCAUAGCCCAAGCUCUAUGCAUGGUCAGAGAUCUUCUCAAUUCAAUAGAUCAACAGAUGGAGGAGCUGGAGAAGACGCAGCGAAUGCAGGAGAUCCAGGCCAAGCUGGACCAGCGGGCCGAGACCCGGGUGAGGGACGGCGGACUUUUUAGGCCCGCCGAGCUGCUCCGCCGCAAACUCGUCUAUGAGGGAACACUGAUGUGGAAAACCCCAGGAUCCCGACUCAAAGAUGUCCAGGUCUUACUGAUGGCGGACAUCCUGGUCUUUCUUCAGGAGAAAGAUCAGAGGUACAUCUUUCCAUGCUUGGACAAGCCUCCUGUACUGUCCCUGCAGAACCUCAUUGUGAGGGACAUUGCUAACCAGGAGCGGGGCAUGUUCCUCAUCAGCGACUGCUCACCGCCGGAGAUGUACGAGGUGCACGCUGCCUCCAGAGAGGACAAGAACGCGUGGAUACGGCAAAUCCAGCGCACCGUUAGCAAAUGUCCAUCACGGGAAGAGUUCCCCCUCAUAGAGACAGAGCACAAGGCCCAUCUGAGGAGACUCAAAGCGGACCUUCAACAGAAGGAUCGGGAGAUGCUGGAGCUCCUGCAGGAGAGGGUGACCCUGUUCUGCGAGCUGGCCCAGGUGACCACUUGCCAGGACGACCUGGAGCCUCCCGUCACCCGCUACCUCUUCCGGGCAGACACCCCCCAAGCACCGCGGGCGGAGAAGUUCCUGCUGGAUGCCACAGCCGAGGUGGACCAACUGAGCGAGCUCCUCCUGGGCUCCAGCAUUGAUGUCCCGCUCUUGUGCCAUCAUACUCACAUGGACAUGACGGACGCCAAUGAUCAGGAUCUUCUCAUCAAUGGAGCUAAUGAGUUGUCAACAACAAAGGAAGUCUGUCAGAGGCUGAUGAAUCUCAGCGUAUACCUCCAUGCACUACAGGCUGCUGUCAUCAAGCAAGACUCCAUCCUAGAGCUGCUCCUGCAGCAGGAGGACGCAGCAUCGCCGGCGUCGGCGGGUUCCUGGCGGCAGAACCGGGAGGCCGCCACUGGCGCUACCAUCGGCGAGCUCGCCCUGCUGCAGAGACAGCACAGCCUGCUGCAGGAGGAGCUGCUGAGGCUGCGCGACGCCGAGACUCGCUUCAAAGACAGCGAGAAGGCUCGGGCCAAGCUGGAGAAGCAGGUUCGACAUAUGAAGGGCUGCGGCGACCCGUCGUCCUCGCAGGAGCACGUUGUGGCACCCUCGCAAUCCGGAAGGGAAGGUUUGAGUGCAAGUUCCCACUGGGACAACGAGGCACGCCAAUCAAAUGCUCCUCAGGAAGGCAGCGACGAGGAGGUCAACAUGACGUCUGACGAUGAUGAUGUUGAAGAACAAGAGGCAUCUGAAAGCUCCAGAGAUUUUCAAGACAUUCCAGAGGAGAUCUGAUCUUCCGCUAACAAGCUAAGUGACCCUGGCACACUCCAUCAGAAAUGGCAAUAUGCUGCAAUGUGCGCAUCUACAGUAUAUCUUGAAUCAAUGA